AUGAAAGGCACUAAUCCUGCUGCGCCAGAAGACAUGAUUGGGGCCCUGGACUUAGGUGGAGCUAGCACGCAGAUUUCCUUCUAUCCAGGUCCCUCAUAUCAGCUAACUGGAGAGAAGGGAAAGGACAUGGCUCGUUUGAUGCUGUUUGGAAAGAGCUACAACAUCUAUAGUCAUAGUUUUCUUUGCUAUGGAAAGUCCAGAGCACAACAACGCAUAUGGGCCUUCCUGGCUAAGGACGUUACUCAAAAUGCUACACUUCAAAACCCCUGUCUUCUGCAGGGCUACAGGACUAGUCUAAACGCAACCGAGCUUUUCAACGAUCCCUGCAUAUUUGGCGACUUUGCUACGACAACAUUUGGAUUGUCUUUCUCGAAACCUCGACAAGCAUAA